AUGACAUCCACAAACCUCACCAACCGCCUCACCCCCGAAACCCCCGACUCCACCCCCGAAGACUUCCUCUCCUCCUCCCUCGCCGUAAUCUUCCCCGACGCCGUCGCCAACCAGCACGGCGACGCCCACACCGCCCUCCUCUACACCUCCCCGCUCCUCCCCAAGCCCCUUCGCAUCCAACUCGCCGACCCCCCGGCCGAGGACGAGCGCCAGCUCUUCGGCCACUAUCUCUGGAACGCGAGUCUUCUUGCCGCCGAGUUCAUCGAGGCCGGGACAGUGGGUGUUUCUUCUUCUUCGACGGAGCAGCGGGGCAGCGCCCUCACGCGGGCUCUGGAGGAUGGGAUUUUCAACGUCAAGGAUAAGCGUGUCGUUGAACUCGGCGCGGGGACGGCUUUGCCUUCCAUGAUGGCCGCGUUGUUGGGUGCGAAGUCCGUUACUGUGACGGAUUAUCCGUCGGAUGCGUUGCUGGCGACGUUGAGGGGGAAUGUGGAGCGGAAUGUGAGUAGGGAAAACGGGCCGAAGGGAGGUGAGGCGGGGUUCUGCGAGGAUGUGGUCGUGAGUGGACAUGCGUGGGGGGAGACGGCGGAUGAGUUUGCGGUGGGGAGGAAGCAUGCUUUUGAUGUUGUUAUAGCGGCGGAUUGUCUCUGGAUGCCCUGGCAACACGCAAACCUCCAAACCUCCAUCUCCCACUUCCUCAAACCCGCCUCCCUCAACCCCGACGCCCGCGCCUGGGUGAUAGCGGGCUUCCACACGGGCCGCGCAAAGAUGCGCGGCUUCUUCGACGACGCCGCCCUCGCUGAGAAGGGGCUUGAGGUCGAGCGCUUGUGGGAGGUGGAUUGUCUCGGCGUCGAGAGGGAGUGGGUUUGGGAGAGGGAGGGGGAGGAUGCUGGGAAUAGGAGGCGGUGGUUGGCUGUGGGGAUUUUGAAGAGUGUUGCGGGGAGUUGA